AUGUUAAAACAAUCUAUUCUUUCAUCGAGGAGACUUUUGUCAUCAGGAACUUUUAAUUAUUUCCGUACCAGUUUAAAUAAUAACAAUUUUCUGUCUGUGAUCGCUAAUCACAAAGGCUUGGAUCAUCAAUUUUCUUCAUGUUUAUUCGCAAAACAAUCAUUAAAUUCAAAUCAAUCUAGUAGUAAUAAUAGUAAUAAUACAACAACAUCGGAAUCAUCAAAAACUGAAGAAGAACUUAGACAAGAAAUAGCAGAAGAAGAACGUAAAAUUAAAGAAUUGGAAAAACAAUUAUAUUCUGAAAAACAAGCCAUGUCAAUGAUUUUCAAAGCCUCUGGAUCUUCGUUCGGAUUUAAACGACGUUCCGAUGACGGUGAUGCAAAUAAUCCAAAUAUUCCUCAAUUAAGUCCAGAAGAAUCAUUAAAGGCUAGAGUAUUAGGUUAUAAAUUAGCAUCACUCGCACUUGUCUAUGGAACAUUAUUGAAUGUUGCCGCUGCUAUUAUCUUUAUUUUGAUUUGUUACUUUGUUUUCGAUAUUAAAACUGUUUUGGAUUUGAAAAAUGUGAUUAGAAGGAUAAUAAGAGGCAAAGAUUAUCAACAUGCAGAUGAAAAUUUAACACCAGAACAACGAGUUGAAAAGAUGACACAAUUAUUCAAAUCAACAAUUGUUAAACAAAAUGAAAUUAAGGAUUCAGAAAAGGAAGAUAAGUCUGAGAAUCAAAAUUAA